UGGACUAAAUGUUGUGCUAAAAUUAAUGCAAAUAAAGUUCAAAUUGACCGUAUAACAAAAAGUGUGAAAGCUUGGACAGUUGGAUAUGGUACAGUAUGUUAUCUAAGCAAGAAAAAUGAAAUUAAUGUCAGACAAGGGCGAUCUUUGGAAACAACCUGGUGCUAUGAAGAAGUAUAUGGCCAUGGGCUGAAUCUUGUCAGUUUACGCGACUUUAUGUUGGAAAACAAAAAACUUCCAGCUGAUAAAAUGUGUGCUCAAAGAUUCAAAGCACCUAUACGAUAUGCAAAUAGUACUAUGUUUGCGCACUGCUUUAAUAUGCCUGUAGAUAUAAGACAAAUGAAAACAGUUUGCUGUUGUUCUGCUAUAACUAAUAAGCCAUGUAAUUUCAUCGCUGAACACAAUCAUAUUGAACGAAUGCGAAUAAAAUACACUAAAAAGAAAGAAAAAAAUAGACCGCAUUGCUUGUUGUUAAAUGGUCAUCGUGAAUCCUGUUUCACUGAUUUCAAAGGUCGAAUAGCGUGUUAUUACACAGUUGAUUUAAAACGCGGAAAAGUUGAUGGUGGCUGUGUUUUACCAACAGCUGGCAAAAAGAUUCGUAACAAAUUUGCUGAUGUCAGCAUUAUAUCGCUGAAUUUUGAUCAUUAAUA